CCUAUUUUCACCACUUCGGCACUUUUCUCCAUUUUGUACAUGAUGUGUAUCUGCCGACCCUAAAUUCAACUCCAAAUUCUCUCCCUAAUUGGCGCAUUGGCGCCUAGCCGACCACCAUGAACAUCAGCCUCCGAUCCAGCGAGUCUUCAUACGGAGACCCCCGAUACUUGUCCACUGCCACCGUCUCCGAUGUCCACGUCCCCUCGCCCCUAGGAAAAAGCCUAGUCGACGGCUAUCGGGAUGCGGCUAACCCCCAGAACGAAGACCGGGCGCGGUACAAUCCGCUUAACCCGGCACACCCCCGAAGCUCCGCGCUCGUCAACACCAGCGACCCCGUCACCAUGUAUUUAUUGACCGAGACCGCCAUGGACGACAGCCGAAACUACGAAAUCUUGUCAUUCGAAGAGGUGGAAGACCUCAAGAAAGAGCGCUCGCUUCUGUCCAGUCGAAUCGAAGGCACCAAGCGCAAACUCACCCUUGAGACCAAGCUCCGCGACGCAGCUCAAUCUAUCGGCAGACUAUACGGCCCGCCCAGCCCCCGAAGCAGCGGUGAAUAUGGCGCCAAUGGCAAGUCGCACCGGAGGAGCCGCAGUAUCUUUGGCCGCAGCGGGACCGCCCAGGUACUUGAUAAAAGUGACUCGGAGCUGGCUAUGAGUCAGCGCAAGUGCGAAGAGUUGGCGCAGGAGCUGUGGAAACUGGAGAAUCGGUCUCAGCAGAUUAACCAGCGCUUGCUGGAGCACACGGCGGGUGUCUUGCAGACGACCCAUAAGGGAUUAAGGAAGACCCCAAAGAACUCCGAUGCGCAGGCUUCUGACCUUGACGACGGAUAUGAAUUUGACGACCGCCAUCUAUACCGAACACCGGAGCACAUGGAUAAUUAUGGAUUAAACGGACGUAUUGAUAUCAACCCUGCGGCAGCUUCACUGGUGGAUAAUGAGGCCAUGCAAGCUACGGAAAGGCGACUGGAUGAACUGAGCCAGCGAAUUUGCGACAUGAUGGUUCAAUCCACUCCCGAUGAGUUUGUUGACCCUCCGCCACAAUCGCACGACUCGGCCGACCCUGCAGGAAAUAUCGAGGCGCAUUUGGCGUAUAUCGAAAACGGCAUGAACUCUCUUGCUUCCCGCGGUCAGUCCUCGGGACCGAACCUCGUUGGUCCUGGUACUGCCCCCGAGGCUGAGGGAGCAUGGCGACAGCACCUCACGGUGAUCAACAACCGGGUCCAGAGCAUUGUUGACCGCUUCGGGCUGACUCGAUCGCCCACCUUGCCCCCUCCUCCCAGCGCAACAGAUGGUGAGGGAUUAGAGGAGCAACUCGGAUAUCUUCAGACAGGUAUUGAUGGCUUGGAAAGCCGGGUUGAUGGUCUGAUAGAGCAGAAGAGCAUUCUCACCACCCAAAUUCAGCAGCAGCGUGAGCUCAACUCCAAAUCUGAUGCCGAACGUGAUGCCCACAUUGGUGAUCUGACCGAGCAGCUGGCCCAUAUGCGCAAGGAACAUGAAACUUCCCAGCGUGAGGGCAAGGCCGCCCAGGACGAACUAGCCGUGUUAAUGGAGCAGCUCGAGGGCAUGCGCACCAACGGCUCUACUCAAGAAGAGGCGAAGGCUGCCCUGGUGCAAGCUGAAGGAGAAGUCGCUCGCUUGCACAGUGUUGUGGACUCGUUGCAAAACGAGGUUGACAUCCGUGCGCAAGAAGCCAUGGAGGCCCAUGACCGUGCAGAACAGGGCUCCGCUCAGCUCGAAGCCAGUCUUAAGCAAUCCCGCGAAGAGGCAGAUGUCCGUGUUCAGGAAGCUGUGGCAGAGGCUGUUCAGGAGGCUAUUGAUCGCCGUGUGCAGGUUGAGAAUCAACUCGCAGCGACCGAAGUGCAACGUGCGGAGAUGGAAGCCCAGCUUGCACAGGCUGAAGGACGUCGUGCUCAGGUCGAGGCUCAAAUUGCACACGUUGAGCAGCGUCGCAUCGAGGUUGAGGAACGAUUUGUUGAGGUUGAAGCCCAGAUUGCACAGGUUGAGGCUCGCCGUGUUGCGGUUGAAGAGCGCUGUGCUGAGGUUGAAUCACAGAUCGCAGAUGUUGAAGAGCGUCGCAUCGAGGCCGAAGAACGCUGUGUUGAGAUCGAGACUCAAAUUGCGCAGGUUGAUAAGCGCCGUAUGGAAGCUGAAGAGCAUUGUGCCGACGUCGAAUCCGAGAUGGAACGGGCUGAGGAGCGUCGUAUCGAGGCUGAAGAGCGCUGCGUUGAGUUGGAAGGCCAGCUAAUGGAGGCCGAGAAGCGUCAUGCUGAGGCAAGCCGCAACAUGACACAGGCCGAUGAACAGGAAGCCCUAGCAGAGCGACUUGCCGAAGCCGAAGAGAAGCGAGCCGAAGCUGAAAACCAGCUUUCACAGGUUGAAGAACUACGUGCCCAGGCCGAGGCGGAUGCGGAACGUGCUCACAAUGAGAUGACUGAUCUUGAAGGCGAAGUCGUGCGAAUCACAACCGAGCUUACAAUGGUCAAGGCAGAGCUGGACGGUGCUUAUGGUACCCGAGCCCAGCGAGCUGCGGAGGUGGCUCUCAACCCCGAGAUUCAGAAAGAGAUCGAUGCCCUCAAUACACGCAAUAUUGAGUUGGCAGAGGAGCUGGCCGAGCUUCGGGGCAAGCAAGGCGGUGGUGACAUCCAGAAACGCGCCGAUACCCUCGAGAAGGAGCUCCGAGAGACUCUAGAUGACUACGAGGCCAUGACCAAGGCUAGCAUCGAGUUUGAGAAGGAGCGGGAGCGGUUUGAAGGUGUCAUUGAUAGUCUCCGGGAUCGCUGUGAGGCAUUGGAGACCCAACUCAGCGAGGAGCGCAUUAGCUGGAUGAACCUGAGCAGCCCAACAACUAUGGGCCGCGACCCUACCAUGGAGACCACAUCCACAAUGGUUCUGAAGAACGAAUUCAAGAAGAUGAUGCGCGACACUCGCAACGAAAACAUGAAGAUUUUGAAGGCGGAACAAGAGGAGCGACGAAGAAUCGAAGGGUUGUUGCGAUCCCUAAGAAAGGAACACGCUCAGGUGACGGGCAAACCCAUGCCCAGUCCUGUCGGAACCCCAUUAUGAUGAUGAUUAUGUUCUACGUUCUCGGAUUUGGUUCUUAUAAAGACUGUACAUAUAGACUUUGCUUGUAUAAUAUUGCAUGAACAUCUCGCGGCAAGCGCGACGGCGUUAUCACCU